CUUCGAAAAAGCCAAAAAAUGACUUUGAGCCCUUAUGAUACCCUUAUCAUUUUUGGCCUUUUUCACAAAAUUGUAAUUUGCAAGCGAUACAUUAACAUUUUACUAUAAUAUAUAUGAGUACAAGAUGCAUGUCUAAGGCCUUGGAACAUAGUCAAAGCGACGAAUUUUAAAAAGUGUAUGAAUAUAGGGCAAAAACAGUAUAAGCGUUUUAAAAGGUUCACUCAAAAUCUAAACAGCAGAUAUACUAAUUUUCUAGUACUAUUCAAUGCGCCUUUUUAUAUACUAAAAAAUUUUGUUAAUACAGCUUUGCAAUAACUCUAUACUUUAGAGCACUUUGAUUGAUUUAAUGCUUUUAAUUUCAUUUUUUUCGUCAGAUUGAAUUCUAAAGAUAUUAGGCACUUUAAAGUCCGUCAACUGACAUUUCAAUCCGUUUGUUUCCUUCAUUUAUCUCUGUGUAUUUUCCUAUGGAUUUCGUACAAAGUGCUGUUCAACAAACUAAUCUAGCCAGUCUUUUAGGGCUUCAUCUCUGCCUUUCUCUCUUAGGCGCAGUUGCUAGCAACCCUACCUAUAAUAUCCCUAUUUUCUUUUUUGGUAUUUGGGCUUUCAAUAACCGUGAGUCUACCACACCCUUAAAGACAUUUGCAGGAGCACUUGGUCUCAGUAUCUUUUUGGAUUUGAUUUGGUUUUAUUUACAUGGUGGUAACCCACAAGCUGAAAGUGGAUUCGGUUUUGCCAAAUUCUUUAAUGUAAUUAGCUUGUUUGUUAAGCCCUUUACUGUAUAUUCUGCUGCCAACAUCCUCAAGGAACGCGGUGAUUCUUUAAAUGCUGGAAAUUGGUCAGAAGCUCCAGGAGCAUUUCCUUCAGGUGGUUAUCAAAACGUGAGAGAUGGAGAUAGUGCAGAAUUCCCAUAAGUUGAUAGAGAAUUUAUGCAAUUACCCCAACAAGUCCUUGAUUAUGAUUGGCAGAGAUCCCUCUUUUAUUUAUGGUUGUUUUUUUUACUGGAAUUUUCUGCAAUCUAUCGUCUUGUUUGACAUUCAUACCAUAUAGUGAAAAUUAAAAAAAAAUAAAGAUCAGUGUGUUAUUCUCU